GAGCCUGUUCCAACUUCCAACCCUUUCGUCGAGAGUCGGAAUGAACGUCGGGAUCGGCAAUUCCCGGCCUUACCUCCGCUCGCUGAAGUCUACUCUCGCGUUCUUUGCAGCAUUAUUUGUGGGUAGCCAACGCGUGCCUCUAGUGUCUCAGCUACUCGUGUUAUUUUCCGCCUUUCUCUAAGCCAUGGCAUCAAAAGCAGCAGCAGUAGCUGCAGUUGACUUUACCCGUAUUUACUCGACACUUGGGCUCGGAAAAGAUACCAUCGCCGCUCUGCAGGCAUUCCGCAAACGACACGGCGACGCUCAACGCAUCCAGUCGCAGUAUGGAUCUCAACCUACCACCAUUGACCUCGCACACUACCGCUCCGUCUUGAAGAACAAGGCAAUUGUUGACGAGGCCGAGAAGCUGUUGAAAGAGUUCAAGGUUGUUACUUACGACGUAACCACCCACAUCAAAGCCAUCGAGACCUUCGAGGCCAAAGCGGUUGAGAAUGCUAAAGCGACCGCCGCUCAAAUCGACGUGGAACUCAAGGAGUUGCAAGCAACGCUUGCCAAUAUCGAAGAGGCUCGUCCGUUCGAGGACUUGACGGUGGAGGAUGUCGGCAACGCCCACCCACGGAUACUGGAAGCCGUAGAGACCAUGGUCAAGAAAGGCAAAUGGACUGUACCAGGUUACAAGGAGAAGUUUGGCGACCUUUCGUUGAUGUGAGCUAUUGCUGUAAUCUACUUAGAGCAUUGCGCCACGUUCUCUGUGAUGAUUGUGUCCUGAAUGCUAUAUAUGCUGGACAGCCUACACUUGCUCGUCCACAAAAUCCUACUAAGUUGUUUAUUUGGACGGGAUAAGAUUGAGAGUUGCCU